CCGGAGAGGUGAAAGUGUUGGCUUCCGUUUCGUAGCGGAAGCGGCGCGGAGAGCGGUAGCCAUGGCGAACCUGGUGCGGGACCCGGCCAUUGACCGGUCCUUGCGCUCUGUGUUUGUUGGAAAUAUUCCCUAUGAAGCUACAGAAGAACAGUUGAAGGAUAUUUUCUCUGAAGUUGGUCCAGUGUUGAGUUUCAGGCUUGUAUAUGACAGAGAAACAGGUAAACCCAAAGGCUAUGGCUUCUGUGAGUACCAAGAUCAGGAGACUGCACUCAGUGCCAUGCGGAACCUCAAUGGCAGGGAAUUUAAUGGAAGAGCACUGCGAGUGGACAAUGCUGCUAGUGAAAAGAAUAAAGAAGAACUCAAAAAUUUGGGCACGGCAGGUCCUGUCAUGGAAUCUCCUUAUGGAGAUCCAGUCUCACCUGAAGAUGCUCCAGAAUCUAUCAGUCGUGCUGUGGCCAGUCUUCCACCUGAGCAAAUGUUUGAACUCAUGAAGCAAAUGAAGCUCUGCAUUCAGAACAGUCCUCAGGAGGCCCGCAACAUGCUUUUACAGAACCCACAACUGGCGUAUGCUCUCCUACAGGCACAGGUUGUCAUGAGAAUUGUGGAUCCUGAAAUUGCAAUGAAAAUGUUACAUCGUCCAACCAAUGUUACACCACUAAUUUCUUCUGGUCAACCAGUGCCAGGCCCGAAUGCUCCAGCAGUUCAGACUGCUCCUGCAGUCUCCCAACCACAGCCUAUGAGUGGAAUGCAUGUGAAUGGAGCACCUACUUUGAUGCAGCCACCGAUGCAAACUGCAGUAUCUGUUCCUGGACCCGGACCGGUACAAGGACCAGGGGGGCCAGGGCCUGGACCUGGACCCGGACCUGGACCAGGACCAGUUGGGCCUGGAGGAAACAUGCAGCCUCAGAUGGGUCUUGCUCCUUCAGGACCGGUGCCAAUGGACAGAGGACAAGGAAAUAUGCACUCACCUGUGGCCUCCGCAGGGACUGCACAGAUCGAGAGAGGACAAGUCCCAAUGCAGGACCCCAGAGCCAACAUGCAGCGGGGUCCCCCAGUCACUGGGGCUCCUGCUCCAAGAGGUUUGCUAGGAGAUGCACCAAAUGACCCACGUGGAGGGACUUUGCUUUCAGUCACUGGGGAGGUGGAAACUCGAGGGUAUAUUGGACCACCACAUCAGGGACCACCUAUACAUCACGUGCCUGGCCAUGACGGCAGAGGACCGCCUGACCUUAGAAAUGCCCAUGAACCACGAGGCAUGCAACAUGACAUGAGACCGGGGCCGAUGGGAGAACAGAGGGGGCCUAUUGGUGAACAAAGGGGCCCGAUGGGUGAGCCACGUGGACCACUUGUUGAACAAAGGGGGCCCAUGGGAGAUCCAAGAGGGAUGAUGGGAGAUCCAAGGGGCCCAAUGAUGGAUCAGCGUGGACCUCCUCAUGAAUCUAGAGGUGCGAGAGAUCCCAGAGGAAUUGAUUCAAGAGGUAUUGACAUCAGAGGCCCUGGCCCAGGCCCAGGUCCUGGUCCAGGUCCGGGUCCAGGGCCAAACCAAGGCCCAGUCUCAAAUCCCAGAGGACCAAUGGCAGCAGGAAUACCGGUUCAAGGCCCAGGUACACAUCAGAUAGGGCAGAGUGGGCCUCAGGGAUCACAGCAACCUGUUCCACCUCGACAGGGUCCUGCUCACCCCGUGGCUGGAGGUCAGCCUGGAGGAUUCAGUCCUGCCCAGACUCAAGUGACACCUCAAGACCAUGAAAAGGCUGCAUUGAUCAUGCAGGUUCUCCAGUUGACUCCAGAGCAGAUUGCCAUGCUACCCCCAGAACAGAGACAGAGCAUCCUUAUUCUAAAAGAACAAAUUCAGAAAUCUGCAGGAGCUCCUUGAGAAUGAAUAUUUUGUGGACCGCCAGCUUCUUGAGGAAGUUUAUUUCUCCGGUUACCUAUGAGAGCAGCAGGACAUGAAGGUUCCUAGUUGUCAUUUGUUUCGACUCAAUGAAAGGGAAAGAAGCCAAAACAUCCUUCGUGAUAUGGAUACAC